CUCCUCUGUGAGAGGGUUUCAUCACUAUGGAAGUGGCAAUGCCCAUGACAGGCAGUGCUAUCGACUGUUAUGAGGACAUGUUCAAAGAGAUUACAAGAAAGCUGUAUGGAGAAGAUGGAUUGCCAGAUCUUAGUGCCAACGAAAGGUUAGCUUCCACAAGCACAGAUAGAGGUCUAACACCCAUAGAAUAUGAAGUGGAAAACCCUAUACUAAAACCCGAAGAACACUUAACUGCUUUCGGGUUAGCCGCUCUUAUGCAAAAUGGUUUUCCACCUAGUGGUAUAUUAAAUCCUAGCUUUCAAUGUCAUAAACCUAAUACUGGGACAAUAUUGAAUACUACUUAUGAGGAUAAGUGGAUAUCGAGCGAAGAGAAUUUGCAAUGGACAGAGUCGAAGAUAGCCACGUACAAUCCAGCACAAAAGCUGUAUAGAUGUUCUGAAUGCGACUGUGUAGGAUAUCUUCUUCGAGUCGCUGAGCAUUGGUUAGGAACGCAUUCUACACUCAGAGCUUUCCAUUGUCCUCAAUGCCCGUAUGAAAGCGCUUGGGCUAGAUGUGUAAGAAUACAUCUAAAUAGGCAACAUAAUAUCAACACUGACGAAUCCUGCGAUACGUUUACCAAAGACAAUCCCGUACUUCAAGAGAUUGUUAAAUAUUUACAAAAGUUGAAAAACAAAUUAGAAAGUAAUUGCAAUAAGAAUUCUGCACCGAGUACGGUGCAGAGUGAGGACUAUCACAGUCAGUCAAUGAACAGUUCUUCUACAAUAUCAAAUGCUUCCCAAACAAUGAAUAAUGGUUCUUCCGGUACUGGUGAACCAAAUAGUAAUACGUCUAAGCGCUACAGUUGUACUUUUUGUCCUUAUGCUACAGAUCGAAGGGAUUUGUUCACUAGGCAUGAAAACAUCCACAGGGAAGAGAAGCCUUUUCAGUGCUACGUCUGUCAAAAACAGUUCAACAGGGCAGAUCACGUAAAGAAACAUUUCUUGAGGAUGCAUCGAGAUCAUCCGUAUGAUUUAAAUAGGAUUAGACGACAUCCGCCUAAAAAUGCUUCUGGAAUGUCGUAUUAUCAAAAAUAUAACUCCAAUAUAACGAAUCAAUCCAGUGAUUUAUCAACGAUAAGCUCUCUAUCUAUUCCUGGCUUUAAUAACAUGUCGAGAGCUCCUCAAAUGAAUACGAGAGUCCAACAAUCCGACCUAAAAACGAACGUGAAAACAGGAAGCCUUUCCCGGAGUAAUGGAAAGAAAAAGGGAGAAAAACGAUUCACUUGCUGUUACUGUUCAUGGAGCGGUGUCGACAAUUGGUGCCUUAAAAGACAUAUGAACACACAUUUGAAGCCGUUUGUGUGUGGUUUGUGUGACUACAAAGCUGCUAGAUCCGAGCGACUGGCCACUCAUGUUUUGAAAGUGCACAAUAAGAGAGCAUGCAGCAAAUGCAAUUAUCUGGCUGAUGAUUUGACGCAGUUGUCGGCACACCAACAGGAGCAGCACCCUCUAGAACAAAGAAACAGAACAAAUAGCAGUAACAUUCUAAGAACGACUACAUUUAAUGGUAAUGCAUCCACUUCUGCUUCCAAUUCUAUUACAAAUCAGAACACCGUUCCUUGUAGUAGUAGUCAACCACAGAAUCUGCUUAAAACCCACGAUCUAACCACAGCAGCAGCCUUACUUCAACAGAGCAACCGUUUUCUUCAAAGCGAUGCCAAAACGUGGAAACAACACAUCCCGAAGCAGCAUGGAGCCGCUCGACUUUUCAGCUACAUGGAGGCUAGUGACGGAUCAGAGCCAGAGAGUGAGCCGCGCGUAGCUGAGGACAUGAGUAGAAUAAAUCUUAGCCAUCGAAUCCAGUCGGAUUUUCCUGAGGCGGGAGAUGUUGGCAAUCAAGUUGACGAAGAACACGGAGAAGAAACGGAGCUUCCCCUUUUCGUCUGCCAAACAUGCGGUUGCGAGUUUGAAGAUGACCUUUCUCUAGAAACCCAUCAAUAUACUCACCGACAUUCUGCAACAUCUCCCGCUAAAACCGAACAUUCGAAAGAGAAUGUUGAUCCAGAUCUAAAAUACCGUUGUCGCUUGUGCGAUGCAGCUUAUGACCACCAAUCAUCCAUCAUAGCACAUAUGGUCAUUCAUACAACUUUAGGAGCAGAUACCCUAGGUCCGCCAGUGAUACAAAGCAAAAGAUCCAGAAAACAGAAUCAACCAAAGAAACUGGUUCUACCGUUUUGGGAUCCAGAGGAAAUAGAAGUGGUAAGACAUCUUAAUAUCAAACUAAGACGGUGGAAAGAAACUUUGUCGACUUCAAUUGUAGGUGUAAAUAGGUUAGUUGAUAAACAUGUGGCAAAGUUGGUAACUAGAAAGGGCCUGGCGUGCAUUUGGUGCAAAAACACUGGUUUAAGUAAGUUUCAUACCAAAGGAACGCUGGCCCUUCAUCACUAUUGGAGGCAUACUCGAAAAAAAUUUAAAUGUGAACAUUGUGAUAUGGCUUUCAAACAUCGAUAUCAAACCGUGCUCCAUAGCAGCCGUGUACAUACGAACCAGAAGUCUCAAUUUGUGCCUACGGUGCUUCCCAAAGAACCAAUGCAUUUAGCACUUAGUGCUGAAUCUGUAUGCUCUUCCCAGGACACCAGUCUCUUCUUUAGCAACACACAUACUGUAUAUGUACCUGACGCAACAAUGUCUAAUGCACAUAAAUUAGGAAUGUCGUUCUUCGAUCAUUCUUUUAUACAUCCAAGUAAUGCUAUAAAUAAUCAUAUGCCAAUUAUAAUACCAACAUUUCCACCCAAUUGAACAUAAAAAAAUUUAUUUACCUAUCCAAAGCAUAGAAUUUUCCUAAUAUUCAUUAUUAUACUUCCAUUUUACUAUAAUACGACAAAUGUAGCUAACGAUAAUGACAAUAAAAUUGAAUAGCAUGUAGCUAAAGAAGAUAAAUAUUUCAGGGACAAAGAUAAAAGAGAAUAAACGUUAUAUACAGGGUGUUUGGUAAAUAAUGGGCCAUAGCUUAACCUUAGAUUCCUGGGGUUAAAAUAGGUCGAUUUAAGCUAACUUACUUUAGUACGAAAGUUGAUGAUAAUAAUAUUAUAAUAUAUGAUAUUAUAAUACAGGGUGUCAAAGUUAAACUUGUAUUUUAUUUAUUUUUGAAUAUUUCCUGACAGGCAUGGGACAACAACACGAAAUUUGGUAAGUGGUGCUGGUACUGUCCACCCUACUAAAUUAUCUUAAACAAACGUUUCUGGCUACUACCAGAGGCGUACGGCGGGGAACGUGAAUGGUUGACCCUUCCCAAAUUCUACGCCACUGGUGGAAUUGCCAUUUUAGUGCAAUUUUUUGAUUUUCGUAUACAGUGGAACCUCGAUAAGUCGGCCCCCGAUAACCCGGAAGUCCGGCUAACCCGGACCGAUUUUCAUCAGAACAUUUCAACAAUAAAAAUUUAUGUAUUAUGUUAAAACAUUUUAUCUGUAGCCUCUUCUGGAAUGUCUUAAAAAUAUCGAGUUUCAUUGAUAAAACUUCGCUUGGACCAUAAUAUAAUAUUUGCGAGAUAAUGGGUAUUUGUGUAAUUUGAACUAUACGAUAGUAAAAAUGACUCAUGGCACACGGCGGCGGCGGCAGAGCGAUGUUAAUUAUCUGGGGCUAUCGCAAACAACAGGCACCUGUUAUUCCUUUAUUUAUUUCCAACUGUCUUUUAAAAAAUUAUUUUUUAAACAAUGGUCUUUUAAACAAUGAAAGAGCUACUGUUCUUAAAUAACAUAACAUUGUUCCGAUGGCAAACGAAAUUGACACAACCGAAACUGACUGAGUUUUUUUACCUAGAAAUGAACAAUACUCUAUACUGUCUAUAGUCUAUACUAUACUCUAUACAACUAUAGGUAAGUUAGAUGUGUACUGUGCAUAUAUAUUUCAUUUUAUUUUAAUUAUAACGGACUUUAUCAAUCUAUAAGUAUACCGUAUUUUAUUAAUUUUUACCAUGCUCUCCGGCUAACCCGGAUUUUCGAUAACCCGGAUCGGCCGCGGUCCCGAUUAAUCCGAGUUAUCGAGGUUCCACUGUACUUUCUAUGUCGUAACGAUAAAGCCAUUAGUUUUUGAGAUAUUUGAAGCUAAAAACGAAGGAUCAUAAUACAUUAAUCAAAAUAAGUGUGCUUUUUCAUUUUAACUUCAAAUAUCUCGAAAACUAAUGACUUUAUUGUUACGAAUGAAGAGUAUAUUAUUUGCAUAAAAAGUAUUGGAGAAUCUAAAAAUUAUAUAUAUCAUAAGGAUAUGUCAAAUAGUUUUAUAGUACCGGGCACACAUAGUUCUUAAAGUUUUAAAUAAAGAAUAAAUUAUUAAAAAAAAAGAAUACUUAAAAAUAAUUUGACAUAUCCAUGUCAUACUUGGCAGAAAGUGUAGGCACUGUACACCCUACUAAAUUAUGUUAAAUAAUCGUUUCUGGCUACUACCAGAGGCGUACGACAGGGGAAAGGGAAUGGUUGACCCUUCCCAAAUUCUACGCCACUGAGGAAACUGCUACUUUAGCAUAAUUUUUAUAUUCUCCAAUACUUUCGAUGCAAAUAAUAUACUCUUUAUUCGUAACGAUAAAUUCAUUAGUUCUCGAGAUAUUUGAAGUUAAAAAUGAAAAGGCACACUUAUUUUGAUUAAUGUAUUAUGCUUUCGAAAACUAACGGCUUUAUCGUUACUAAUGAAGAGUAUGUUAUUUACAUAGAAAGUAUUGGAGAAACAAAAAAUUGCACUAAAAUAGCAAUUCUGCCAGUGGCGUAGAAUUUGGGAAGGGUCAACCAUUCA